GGCGCAGACGACCUGAGUGCUGUUGUCUUUGAGCCGGAGCACCGCAUUCUCCCCAUGGGUGCAAUCGCAGAGGAGGAUGAAGAUGGCGAGGAGAAGACCGAGAGCUCUGACAGGGGUGACAGAGUCUACGAUGAGCUCGACGAGCUGACCUCUAUGCUGGAGAACGCAAAGCUGAAGCUGACGGUAUGUUGAUAUAUACCCGUUGAUUUUCCCCCUACAUAUACUGGUAUUCUAACAUUGACAUCUACCAGCAUAUGGAAGGCAACCUGAACCGCGCGAGGAGCUCGUUUCGCAUGACGCCGUCGCCUUCGCCAUCUCUGAAUCGGGCUUUUGGCAGCGCCGGAAGCUCGUACCAUAAGCAUCUCCAAAGGGGGGAGAGGCGCUCCCAGACAUCUCUGGCAGGCGCAUUGCUACGCCAAAGGGCCCAUCAGGGGUAUACCGGCAAUGCAUCUCAUCUUCGUGGACAGAGUGACCUCUGCUCUCCAUCACAAUCGUCUUUCAACCGGCUAUCGGGGGUGAACGGACAAUUUAGAUCGUUCAGUGCCCUGGGUUCAACCAGUGCCUCUGAGUAUAGGACUGGAUUCUAUUCCCACGUAGAGGGGGAAGAACAAGACGAUGACAAGGAACCAACUACCGAAGCCAGCACAUUAGUCCCUGAAGCUACCCCCGACAGGUCCAGGUCACUGACUCCCUCUUCACAGUCGGCCCCUAUACCCAAUGGGCAGUCAAGAACGUCACCUCUUCCCAGUGGUGAUGUCAAGAGCUCGCCUUCAUCCUCAAAAUCUCUACCCUUGAUCAACAAACCUGAUUCCUGCAGCCAGUCAACAACCCCUCCAUCUCCCGCAAGUGCGCAUCUUCAAAUGCGUGGUCUACAGGGCCAAGUAGACGGGCUAAGAUCAAAGCUUUCCACGCUCAAAGAAAGGACUCAAGAGGAAUCAAUACGCAGACGUAGCCAGCAAAGCCUACGCACACCAAGUCCGUUCACUGUAGCGGAUGAGAACUACACCAAUCCUCUCGAAUAUCAGAGGCGGUCCUCAUACCCAGAAACUCUUGCUACUCCUGAUUACAACAAGCCACAGUCUCCUCCCCCUGCGCUCCAUGAAGAGUCGCAUAAUACUGCAUGCACAUCAUCUCCAACUCUGCCCCACGAGGAAAACCAACAGGAUGAUUUGGAAGAUAAGGAAGAUUCCAUAGAAUUCACCGAGGACACCGUAUCCAAUCCCAUACAAGGCACUGCUGAAAGUCCCAUCGAGGGUCCUGUCGAGGAGCCUGUUGAGGGACCUAUUGAAGAGCCAAUCGAGGAACCCAUCCAGGGCCCUGCUCCUCAAACCCCAGCUGGCAAUGAUACUAGGAAGAUAAUUGAAGAAACAGAUGAAAGCGAGUCCGAAUACUUUGAAUAUUCGGAUAACGAAUCUGAACCAUCUGAAAUUGACAGACAAGAACUUGAAGAGAUACUGCGAGAACCAAUGGGCAGCCCAACUGAAUCAGUGUACCAGGACAUCCUAGAAGAAUUCCCUUCUGUUCCACCAGUCCAGGAGACAAUCCGUCACGAGGACCGUAUCGAUGCCUUUGAUUACGAGCAUUUCAUCCUUCACAGUGCGCUCGGAACAUAUUCGGGACGAUUGAACCGCUCGGGUAGUAUCUGUUCUUCUGGAUCAACUGAAACCACACGCCCGGAUGGCCGUGAAACACCAAAGAACGGGUCAGGGUCGGCUCUCUCAAGGGUAACUAGCAGCGACUCGAUUUCGACAGAUGCCACCUUUGCUACCGCAACUGAGGGAGACUAUGGAUACCACGAUGCUCUGACUUCGCCCAAUGGCAAUGGAAUCUACUGGGGAAGAAACCGACCUUCAAACAGACUAUCCCGUCAAUUCACGGACGAUUCCUUGACCCUUCCCACCCAACAAUAUUACGAUAGUACAUCAACCUUUUCCCGCACCCAGUCAGCCUCAUCAACACCUCGUGCCUCUAUAUCAUCCGUCACUGCCGCGAAGGAUGAAAACGCCGCAUUAUUAGCCUCCAUCUCCGAACUCAAGAAGGCCGCGGCUACUCCUCAGACUCCAGGCCUCCUUGUUAGAUCUAUCCUCUCCUCAGCUGCCAACGAGAAGGCCAGCGACGCCUCUGCACUAUAUUCUCCCCAGAACGGCAGUCUAUGCGAUGCCGAUUCUAAACUUGUAGAAGCAGUCAUCCAAAGUCUUGGAAAUGUGAGCCUUGAGCUCCUUCGAGCUUCAACGGCCGACCUUCAAUCUCCCAUCGAUAACCGGAUUGCCACCAUUCUACGGCGCAGACUAGAUGCUGCCCGGAGGAUAUUGGAUGGUGUUGCACCAUUAGAAACCGGCCUCUAA